CCUGGUGCGGAAACACAAAACUGAUGCAAACUACGCUCCAGUCGUCAGUCGACACAUGGCUUCAAGUCGGUUUGACACCUUUCCUCCGCUCCAAAGCUGGUGUACACCCUCACGAGUCUUUACCCUCGAGCUGAGACCCAGACAAGACUGACUGACGCGGGAAAUUGUCCUAUUUUUUUGGAAACAAUUCAAGGACACGACGUCAGAAGUCUUUAAAAAGACUCCUUACAUCACAUGCGAUGAAAGACAUGGACUUCAACGGUACUUCUGAGCCGUCAAUGACAGACAUUGAUGACCUUACUGAAAUCAUCAUAAAGGACUGUAAGAACCACCUUCCUGGACCUCCCCCUCCUCCGGUCGACCUCCUUCAGCCGUACAGUGAGAACCACUGGAGGCACCGACAGAGCUCCUCACCGCCCUCCCAACACGUGCUGGUGGCGAGAGGCACCGCAUGUCAGCCAACCUGCACCUUCCCUCAGCCCCUGCAGCAGCAGUCGUGCACUUCAAGAGAGAUGGCUCAUGCUUCCCGGGGAGCAGCCUCUCCAUCCGGUGCUUCUCGCCGUGGUCGAGGCGCCGCGUGUUUGCUGACCUCUAACAGCUCCGGAGGAGUUUCCUCUCAGAACCGGGGAGGCGACACCGAGCUUCUGGAGCGUAUCCUGCAAAAGCCCAAGCUGGUGGUGGUGGAGGAGCCCAAGGAGAGAGGCAUGAGAUUUCGCUACGAGUGUGAGGGACGCUCAGCCGGAAGCAUCCUGGGGACGUCCAGCACUGAAACCAACAAGACUCAGCCUACGAUAGAGAUUCAAGGCUCCAUCGACCACAUAAAGAGGGUCAAAGUCACCGCUUCCUUGGUGACCAAAGACCUCCCACACCGGCCUCACCCCCACUGUCUUGUGGGCAAAGACUGUCCGAACAAUUCGGGAAUCUGCGUGGUCACGCUCAAUCCUCACAGCAAUCGACGCCACAGCUAUGCUAACCUCGGUAUUCAGUGUGUGAGGAGGAAAGAGCUGGACCAAUCUCUCAAGAAGAGAAGAAGCCAAAACAUCGACCCCUUUCAAACCGGUGACACAAAGGGGAUUGAAGACAUGGACAUGAACGCCGUACGUCUGUGUUUUCAGUGCGAGCUCGAGUGGGACGACGGCAGAAAAGACUCUCUGAGCCCAGUCGUCUCCAACCCCAUCUAUGACAAGAAGGCCACGACUACAUCGCAGCUGAAGAUCAGCUGUUUGAACCAGUACAGAGGUUCCUGCUCCGGCAAGACCGAGAUCUACAUGCUGUGUGACAAAGUGCAGAAAGAUGACAUAGAGAUCAUCUUCAGGCGAGGGUCGUGGAAGGCGAGUGGCGAGUUUGCCCAGACAGACGUGCACCGGCAGAUCGCCAUCGUGUUUAAGACUCCGCCCUACCAGGACCAGGACAUCACGGAGGAAGUGGAAGUCAGCGUCGCCCUGCGGCGCCUCUCAGACCAGAUGGAGAGCGAGCCCAUCACCUUCACGUACCUGCCACACAACCCAGAUCCAUACGAGGUGAAGCGGAAGAGAAAGAUCAAGUCAGACAUCAGCUUUAGAGAGAAAUCUUGUAUGACAGAAAGUGGACCUGCAGUAGAGCAGCCGUUCCACUUCCCUCAGCCUGAAACCAUGUCUCUAGACGAGAGGCUCUGCGUUCCCCAGGCUGGGGCCUCCGCUUCAGGGGAAAUGUGUUACAACGAACCCCAGGAUUCAAACAAUGACACCGAGGAGUCUAUCAUCCUCAAUCAGUUGCUAGACAUGCCCGGAUUAUGUGAAAUAAUUUUCGACCCGAGUUUCGCCGCGUCCAUGUCCACCGGAUUUGAGCCGGGGCCUGAUGCCAACUCCACGUUUCCCAACAUGGAUAUGAACUUCAACCAGAGCGUUGGCUCGUACGGUCAGGACUUUUCCCUUUACAACGACUUGCAGUUCAACAGGCUCGUCAACGAGCACCAGACGCCACAGUCUGAGGCACAGGACAGCCCCUCCAACAUGGUUCGUGUAAAGACAGAAGAGGAGCUAUGAAGACUCUUACACACGCUCACCGUCCACUAAAAGAAUAAUAAACAUUUUGGGAAAUAUGCUUAUUGCCUUUGGAAACAGGAUAGCUGACCUACUGCUGGAUUCACAUAUUUAGCCUACAGACAUGAGAGUAUUCAUCUAACUCUCAACAAGAAAGGGAAUAAACAUAUUUCUCAAAAUGUUCAUCCAUGAACCGUCCGAGCCAAACAAGAUAAUAUCCCCAAUCCAAGACGAAGCAAAAGGCCUCCUUUGCUCCGGCUGCUUUCACUGUGAAAUGUGUCUGUAGACUCAUUUAGUUUCACGACUCUGCACUGUCGCCCUUGCUGGUCAAGGCUCUAGCAAGCAGUAGCAGGUUAAUAUUUCCUAAGUAAUAAAUGCUGCUAGCAUUAAUGUUCAAGGCUUAAGGUCAAAGGAAGGUGAUUCUCACAGUCAGCAUGGAGCCUAAAAGGAGAACUCGUGAAUAUAUUAAACCUGGAUAGGUUUAAACAGUAGAAACCAUCCAACCUUACAUGAAUUGCUGUCUAUCUGUAAAUCAUUGAUUGGGUCAGACCCGUCAUGUAACGUCUGUUGUCGGCAAUGUGUAGUUCAAGAAUAGUGAGUAGUUUCAGAUCUGUUCUUUAUUGCUCUUGUCUGCUGUUGCUCCCUGUUGAUGCCGUCGUCACACCAGCUGGCUUGUUUAAUAUUUAAUCAACUUUAAAACACAAUAGAAAACCAGUCCCUCUAGUAUUCAUAGCUCUGUCUGUGUCAGUUCCUAUUGUUCCACAGUUUCACUCUCGUGCUGAGCAUUCAAAUUUCCACUCGCAGCUUGUCCAUGUCCGCCCCCUCACUGUAACGCUGUAGUAAUAUUGCAGAAGAGCUGUAAAUAAAAUGUCAGUCUGUUA